ACCUCUCAUCCGCCGGCCCGCCACCUUCUGCCCAGCCGUGACAGGUGUGUUGUGAUUCAGCAUUGCUCUGCCUCUGCAUCUCUUCUUCUACUUAAGUUGUGAUGUCAUUUUGAUGCUCUGCAAUCAGAAUUACUUCCAUUGGAUCCUCUGCUGGCUUAUCUUGAUUGUGUUGGGCUAGCUUAAUUAUUGAUUCUUCAAAAUUGAAAAAAAAAUAUAAAACUGAAGUCGGUUCAGCAAUUUGUUUUUUUUUUUUUUUAGAAUGGUUGAGCAAUUUGUUAAUCGGUCUAAAAUCAGCAAAUUUCGAGUCCUAGCGUAGUGGAACCAAAGAAACACUCUGAAAAAAUACAACACGAAAAUAAAUGCUAAAACACUAAACCCUAAACCUCUCGUCGCCACUGCUUCUACUUUUCUCCCCUGGAAGUUUCAUUUCCAUUGUCUGUGACUGUGAUAAUAGCAAAAUGGGGAAGAAAAAACAAAAGAUAGUACUGCCACCGGAUCUUCCCCCUGAAGUCCCUGAUGAAGAAAUUGAAGUUUCUGAUGAGGAUUUGCAGUUUGUCAACAAGCAUUCUGAUUAUGCUCGUUUCAUUUCCAAAAUUGACACACCUUCCCUCACCAAGCAUGUUAGUCGAGUGGCUGAUGCAAAUGAAGGUGCUUUAGAAUUAUUAUAUGAGAAGAAGUUGAGAAAGAAAUUGGAAAAUAAAGAGUCAGAGGAGAAUACAUUGGAGGUUGAUCUCAUUGAUGCGCUUCCAUUGAAAACACCAGAUGGAAAGUUAUACUAUAGAAGAGUGCUGAAGGAGCCAAAAGAGGCUGAAGAUGAGUCGAAAGUUGGCGAACUUAUUAAGGACCCGGCUCUGGUGAAGUCAACAAAAGCAGAGAAACGUUUGAAGUUGAAGAAAUUAAGGAAAGAGGCAAAAAAACAAGCUAAAGAAGAAGUGCAGCAAACUCCUCAGGCAGAAGUACUGGACGAAGUGAAAAAAGAUCUGACAGCUGAAGAAGCUAAUGAGAAGAAAAAAUAUAAGUUUGCGGAGUUGGGUACGACUCUACUUGCUGAUCCAGAGUCCAAUAUUAAGCUUUUAAAAGAGAUGCUGGAGAUUUCAAAGGAUGGAGACAGUACCAUUGUCAUACUUGGGCUUAAAUCCUUGUUGGCUGUCUUCAAAGACAUCAUUCCAGGCUACCGGAUCAGGCUGCCUACUGAAAAGGAGCAUGAGAUGAAGGUUUCAAAGGAUGUUAAGAAGAUGAGAUUUUAUGAGUCCACGCUAUUGUCAGCAUACAAGGCUUAUGUUCAGAAGUUGGUAGCACUGCAACAACAGACUGUUUACCAACAGGUGGCCACCCGUUGCUUAUGUACUUUGCUUUCAGCGGUGCCACACUUUAACUAUCGUGAGAGCUUGCUGGCUGCUGUUGUGAAAGAUAUAAGCUCCCAAGAUGAUGUUGUAAGAAAGCUUUGUUGCUCAACUAUGAAGUCACUUUUCACUGAUGAGGGCAAACAUGGUGGUGAGGUUACUGUGGAAGCUGUUAGAAAGAUCGCAGAACUUGUAAAAAUUCACAACUGCCAACUGCAUCCAGAUUCAAUAGAAGUAUUCUCGUCUCUGUCAUUUGAUGAGGAUCUUGGAAAACCAGAAAGAUCAGAUAUGGAUAAAAAAGCCAAAUACAAAAAAUUUAAGAAGAGAAAAGGCUCGGAUGAGCCAAAUCAGAUGCCUGACAAUGACAGGAAGAAAACUAGGAAAGAGAUGAUGUUAAAGACUAGAGAGGAGGUAAAUGCAGACUACAAAGCUGUUUCAUCUGAUCAAGAUCCCCAAGAGAGAAGAAAAAUGCAGUCACAGACUCUCUCUGCUGUAUUUCAGACAUUCUUCCGCAUCUUAAAACAUACUGUACAGCCAAAAUCAGAAGCCGUGCGUGGUGCAUUUGGAAGUCAUCCCCUACUCGAUCCUUGUUUGAAUGGAAUUGGAAAGUUUGCUCAUCUAAUUGACUUGGAUUUUAUGGCUGAUCUCAUGCAGUGUCUGAGAAAACUUGCUGGGAAUGGCAGUAAGUCAGGAGAUUCUUCUGAGAAUUCUUCGUGUCAGUUAACAGUGUCAGAACGAUUACGCUGCUGUAUUGCUGCUUUUAAAGUGAUGAGGAACAAUCUAGAUGCUCUAAAUGUUGAUCUGCAGGAGUUUUUUAUCCAGUUAUACAAUCUGAUACUUGAAUACCAGCCAGGAAGGGAUGAUGGGGAAUUAUUAGCUGAAGCCAUGAAGAUAAUGCUGUGUGAUGAAAGACAGCAUGAUAUGCAAAGAGCUGCUGCAUUUAUAAAGCGAUUGGCUACAUUUUCAUUGUGCUUUAGGCCAGCUGAGUCCAUGGCUGCAUUGGUCACUGUGAGGCAUCUUCUGCAGAAGAAUGCCAAAUGCCGUAAUCUGUUGGAAAACGAUGCGGGAGGUGGAUCUGUUGCCGGUGCCAUUGCAAAAUUCCAACCUCAAGUGUUGGACCCUAACCUUUGUGGUGCACUAGCUUCAGUUCUUUGGGAGCUUAAUCUUCUGAUGAAACACUAUCAUCCAGCUGUUUCAUCAAUCGCGUCUACUAUCUCAACCAUGAACUCCUCCACAAACCAGGUUUUUCGUGUCCAUGCCUCCCCGCAACAAGCUUAUAUGGAGUUGUUAAAGGAAAACGAGUCUUUUGCCGCACCCAGUGCCGUAAAAAGAUCUACCAACCACAAAAGGAAGGGAAGCGAUAGCGUGCCUGUCCAAGGAUCAGAACUUAAUUCUUCAGGUGAAAUUGAUGAGAAUGCAGUUAGAAAUAAACUUUCCAAGCACUUCUUGUUGCUUCGCGAUAUCCAAGAAAACGAGAGAUUAAGAUCGGAGAUGGACCGCACAACACAGUCUCUAAAUCUCUACGAGAAGUACAGGAAAGAGAAGAAGAGGAAGACUAGGUCAGAUUAAGUGGUACUGUAUUACGUAAAUGUUGUGCAGUAGGCAGUUUUGUUAGUGUUCGAUGCUUACUAGCUUUGCUGUAUAUCAAAACAGGUCUUAUUUUUUUUUAGCUCCCCAGAUUUUGGUACACCUAUAAACAACUCUCAGAUUUUUGGUCCGACAACACAAAAUGAACUCUAGUUUUUGAGAUUACAAUGUGUGUUGUAGGUUUGAUUGGGAAAGAUUGUAUUUCUUACACAAAGUAAAAUGAAGGGGGAUCUUAUCACAUGUUAUCUUC